GCGGAGCACCGCGCAACCGCUCAUGGCGCUAUAUAACGUGUGAAUGUGCGGCGGCGAGCGGCCACCUUUACGCCGCUCGUCCACGUCUAAGAAAGCCUAGCAACGAGACGGCAGACGAGCAACUAACCACGCAGGAAGGCAAGAAGAAGAACACGGUCAAUUCUUUGUGGUGGAACUAUUAGAAGAAAGUGCGUGACCAAGAAAUACCGAUGACAGGAGUCAGGAGCUCACUUACAUCACAUGGGGGAGGAGCUGGGUCGUGUUUGAGCCGCUAACCGAGCUCACAAAGUCGACAACAUGGAGCUUCACGACAAGGACGGUGUUUCUGGAGAGAUUCUGCCUGUGGUGAUUAUAGGUAACGGCCCCUCAGGGAUCUGCCUGUCAUACCUGCUGUCGGGCUACACCCCCUACCUGUCAUCGGGGGCCUCGCACCCCAACCCGCUGCUGCAUGACAAGCUGGCCAAGCAUCCCGGCCUGUCCCUGCUGGAGCGGGACCUGGAGUACCUGAGCGAGGGUCUGCAGGGACGCUCGUCCAAUCCGGUGGCCGUGCUCUUCGACUCGCUGCUGCUGCCCGACAGCGACUUCGGCAUGGACCACGUGUCCCCGCUGGAGUGGCGCUACGAGCCGGAGAGAGCCGUGCCGCACUUGGUGCUGGGCAAGGGGCCCCCGGGAGGAGCCUGGCAUACCAUGGAGGGCUCCAUGCUAACGCUAAGUCUCGCCAACUGGAUGGAGCUGCCUGGGCUCAAACUGAAGGACUGGAUGAAAGACAAGAGAAGAAACGUGCGCAACGACCGUGCCACGCCGGCUGAGAUCGCGUCCUACUACCAACACUAUGUGUCCCAAAUGGCGCUGGAGCACAAUUUUGCCUGCGGGACCACCGUCACCUCGGUCAGCAGGUGCCCCGCGGACCAGCGCGACCCCCUCGGCUGCUGGAGGAUCAAGGGACUGCAGUGCCCAGAGGGGGAGGAGCUUGCGGACGAUUCUUCCGUGGAGCGGGUGCCCUUCUCCCUGCUGGCCCGCAACGUGGUGUUGGCGACAGGCACGCACGACAUCCCCGCCCGCCUGGGUGUGGAGGGCGAGUCGCUGCCCUACGUGUGCCACUCCUUCUGGGAGCUGGAGGCCGCCAUCUCCCGCGGUGAGCUGGACGAGUCGUCGGACCCAGUGCUGGUGGUGGGCGCCGGGCUGACGGCCGCCGAUGCCGUGCUGGCGGCCCACCACCUCAACACACCCGUCUACCACGCCUUCCGCCGCGCCGUCACCGACCCGGGCCUCAUCUUCAACCAGCUCCCCAAGAUGCUCUACCCGGAGUACCACAAGGUUCACCAGAUGAUGACUCAGCAGCAGCACCAACCGGCAUCCCCUCUGGACUCAUCUUCCCUGUCUCCUCGCUUGUCCUCUUCCUCAUCGUACACCGGCUACCUCAGCUUCCCUCAACAUCGUGUGGUUUCCUUCCGGCCAGACCGCAAAUGUGUCCUGCAGUCAGACUCGGGCCAGCGUACCGUGGUCCAAGUAUCCAAGGCGCUGGUGCUGAUCGGCGCCCACCCUAACCUGUCUUUCCUGCCUGAGCAAGGCCGCCCUCUGGGACUGUGCCCGGACGAGGCCGUCACCUGCCGCAGGAACCCCAUCGACGUGGACCCCUUCACCAACCGCGUGCUGGCCGCCAAUGGGCCCGGCAUGUACGCCAUGGGCCCGCUGGUGGGCGAGAACUUUGUGCGCUUCCUUAAGGGCGGCGCCUUGGCCAUAGCCAGCGAUAUUGCCAAGGGGCGGAGGGGGGCCGUCGGCGGUGGGGCGUCGAGGACCUCGGACGGACUGGCUGACAAGUGGGUGGACAGGCAGGUGGCCACGCAGACCCUCACGGAAGUGGUGCGAUCGUAGCGAUGGCCUUUAUUGUUGUGCAAUUGGACUUCAAACUAAAUUUGCCUUUUAUCAAAGCAGUGGUUCUCAAACUGAGAUUCUCCGGGGGUCCGGCAAGCCGUAGCUGAAGCGUCAAUGUUAUUGAAGUGAGGCUAUUGCACUGUCUAACAGAAAUGUAGCGCUUCGCCGCAAUCUUGUGGCAUCUCAAGAAAUGUAUGAAUCUGUUUGGAGGCGUCACUCGUAAUCUUUCGCUAUUUGUGGCACGGUUCCUUCCCUCAUUCCAUAUGUUGUAGCAUUUCAUCCAAAUUGUUACAGUGUGCUGUAAUUGCCUACAGUUGCCAACGGAUGGCAGUGAAGCUCCUCGAUCCAAAAGUGGCAAAAGAGAUCAUAACUCUGGAUGAAAUGGCGAAAAGGCUGGCAGGCCUAUAAAAUAAUUGGAAUGACUAAUUAAUAAAAGAAUAUAGCUGUUAUUCCUACCUAUCUACCUUAAUUUUGCACGUUUUUAUAAAGGAAUGUAAUAUUUUGAGAAUAAAAUUGUCCUUUUGAAAUUCACUUAAAAUAAGGCUACUCUCUUUAGGUAAACAUUAAAAAAAAAAAAAAAUUAUUCUCAUUUAAUUACAGCGGUUUGCAACAAAAGAUGUAGUUGUAUUCUUAUAAAUCUCAUUUUUUUGUGAUUUCUUUUUGCAAUUUCUAUCAGUUUUGUGUUGUUGCUGCCUUUAAUUGGAUGUGAACCCAAAAGGUUCAGGUGCUGUUCACCUUUUUUGUCCUGUCCCCCCCCCGCACAGCUAAAGUGACCUCACUGUGGGCGUCAGGGACCAAUGAGUACCACUUUAAGAACCACUCUUCCUUCCUUCUACAACUGGGUCGCAUGACCAAAACAAGUCAGUCCAAAUUGGAACUGGGAGUUUCUUCUUUCGUAAUACCUGUUUAAUUGUGUUGUCAUCGUUUUGAUAAGAUAUGAUAUGCUUGGUGUCUGGAUUCUUCCUUACAAGACCAAAGCCAUGAUUGGACACACUGUCAAGACUCCCUUUCUGUAACAUGUUUACUGUAUUCAUGGAGUCAUUUACAUCAUUGAAAAUAUACAAUGUUGAUAAAAACUUUAAUAUUUUUUUUGCUGUCCGCCUUGCUUCCUUCCUGCAGUUUUUUGUAAUUCUUGCAUUUUUACUUUCAUCCUUUCUUUGAUUAAAUCCCCCCAUUCUCUCCUCUCUUUUCUACUAUUUUAGUUUUUAUUCCUGGCCUUCCUCCCUGUUUUCUUUCUUUUCCUUCCCUUUGGACUACUUUCGGCCGGGGAGGUGGUUAGGUGGUACCCAUGCUGACAGCGGCUAUCUGGAUUCUCGUGGCCAAUUCAGGAUAGGGGAACUGCAGCUCAACCUCCUCGAAGAGCACUGCCAGGACAAUUGAGGGCUCCUUUCGGCAGCCCUCUGCUGUGACAUGGACAUCCACUUUUUAUUUAAUUGAUUUUCAUGUUGUAUCAUUUGUGCCCUCUCUGCAUCCAUUUCAACCUGGUGAUCCUGAAAGGGGGAUCCUUCCAUCUGUGGUCCCUUCUCAAGGUUUCUCAUUUUCCCCCUGCUAGGGGUUUUUAAGUUUUUCCUUGCCCUUUUGGGAGCUUAAGAUCAGGGGAUGCUUUGAGAAUAAUUGUCAAUUUCUGUCUAUGUGAAGCCCUUUGAGACUGCUUGUGAUUUAGGGCUAUACAAAUAAACUUGACUUGACUUGACUUGACUUUCACAUUCAUGCUUCCUUUCCCUAAAAAAACACUUUUCUGACUUUCUUCCCGCGACUUGCUUUGUGCUUGACUCAAAGUGUUUGCAAUUAAUGUAAAAGCAAUAAUUUAUAUAGUUUGGAAUAUGCACAAGACAAUGUGAUGCUUGUAACCGCAUAUAAACAUGUUUGUAUUCAAUCAAAUUGUGGAUAUUAAAAGCACUAAUAUGCAAACAUA